AUGUUCAACUUCAUACGUGGAUUCUCCCUGCGCUGGAACUACACAGAAAACAGCAACUUCAACACGGGCAAAGACUUACGUCCUGAUGCCAUCCCGAGUCGCCUGACGCCCAGCGACGCCUUUCUGCACCCAGUGGAUGCCGGUCAUUCCAUCACACAGGGCUGUGUGCCGGUCCUGAGGCCAGAGAGAGACGUGGACGUCAUCAUAUCUAUUGGUUUCUCGUGGGACGGAGAGCGCUUCCUGAAGAUGCUGGAGGACACCGCUGUGUACUGUAAAGAUCAUGACAUCCCGUUCCCCGACGCAGACUUUGCCGGUCUGGAAAAGGAGCCAUUACAGGAGGUCUACGUCUUUGAGGAUGAGGAGAACCCCAAGGCUCCCAUCGUGAUGCAUUUCCCACUCAUCAACCUCUCAUAUCAACAAUAUAAAAAACCUGGUGUGAACGAGAGACUGAGGAGGAAAUCCAGGCUGGGAAGGUGGAUGUGACCAGUGAAGAUUCUCCAUACACAACAAACAACUUGGUCUACUCCCCGGAGGAUUAUGAUGCUCUCGGGGACUUGACCACCUACAACAUCUUAAACAACAAGGAGAAAAUCCAGGAGGUCCUCCGCAAGGCCCUGCAGAAGAAGGAGUCCAGUCUCUGAGUCCAGGACCAAGAAGAGCUCUUCACAUGAAACGGAAACACCCAAUGCUUUUUGUUCUGCAUCCAGUUGACGAAUCUACUGUGAUUUGGGUUGGAAAUAAGUGAAAUAUUAGUCUAAAUAAUCAUAUAAAGAAGUUUCUUGAUGAAGGAAAUUCAGUGUUGAGACAGUUUCCACAACGUGAUGCUCAUUAAUGACACAGAAUGCUGAAAGAGGGAAGCUGUGGUUGGAAUAUCAUAGUUAGCUUGUAGCAUGAUUGAGUUGGUUUGGGGAUUUGGGUUUUUUUCUCUGAGACAUGAAGUUGUUGGAUGAUGUUUAAAAGUUCUUGUUACUGAUGAAGAUGAUGUUAUUACAUC